AACGUUACUCCUGCGGUACAGAGGACAGAGCCCGCAUUCAUAAUCGUUAGAGCCACGAGGACAGACUUAAGGUUACCUGCUUCAACAGUGCUUGAACGGCAACCGAUCUUCUGUCUUUUCGCCUUUCCAUCAAUCAACUCCUUCGAUUCUAGUCAGUUUGUUUUCGAUCAAAAUCUAAAAUUAGAUUUAAAGAAGCUUGCAUAAAAAAGAUUCUACGCGAUCCAACGUCGUAGACUCUCGGUGCGAAUAACGUAAAGCCGAUUUGAAGAAUCAUGAGCUCUCAGGUGAGACAGAACUUUGAGGAGGCCUGCGAAGCGGCCAUCAACCGUCAGAUCAACAUGGAGCUGUAUGCAUCCUACGUCUACCUUUCCAUGUCAUACUUCUUUGACCGAGAUGAUCAGGCCCUGCACAACUUUGCAAAGUUUUUCCGCCAUCAGUCCCACGAAGAGCGCGAACACGCUGAGAAACUGAUGAAGUUUCAGAACCAGAGGGGAGGGAGGAUCUUUCUGCAGGACGUGAAGAAACCAGAGAAGGAUGAGUGGGGAAGCGGUGUGGAAGCUCUUGAAUGCGCCCUGCAGUUGGAGAAGAGCGUCAAUCACUCCCUCCUGGAGCUGCAUAAGCUGGCCUCUCAGCACAACGACCCUCAUAUGUGCGAUUUCAUUGAGACACACUACUUGGACGAGCAGGUGAAAUCCAUCAAAGAACUGGGCGACUGGGUGACCAACCUGCGGCGCAUGGGCGCCCCCCAGAAUGGCAUGGCCGAGUACAUGUUCGACAAGCUCACACUUGGCAAAGAGAGCAGCUAAAUACUCAGCCCAUCUUUUCCUUUGCUGAUUAGUUUUGCUGUAUGAGUGUUUUUUUUCUCUGUAGGCCAUCAGACUCUAUAUUAUGUUGUUUGACUGACUGGUCAACCUGUGUGUCCAGUUAUUUAAGCAGAAAAACCUCUUCGCUUGUUUGACUCUGCCAUGCUUCGCUGUUUAAAGUUGCACUUCUCAUAAGCCAUUAAACUCUAUAUAUCUAGCUCGUUCACAGUUUGACCUGCCUGCAUGUGAUUUGUCAAUGAAAUUAUGCUCCAAACCAAUAAAAUAGAAACCUCUGGGAUCUGAA